UAGUGAACCCUUCAGAUUUUACUGAGGAGGACAGACAAAAAUUUAACUUCAUCAUGAACUUCUUCGAACAAGAUGCUUUUGAACACUCAGUGGUUGUCCUAACACAAAAUGAUAGAGGAGGGAAUUACUCAGUGAACCAACUUACCCAAGACUGCAGACAAAGACAGCACACAAUGAACUUCAGUGAAAGAGCUUUUCUUGACUCUGAUCGUCAAGAAUUGAUGAUAAAAAUGGAGAAAGUAGUGGAUGAAAACAGGGGGCGAUAUUUAACCUUCAAUGAUCCCAUGGUAGCACCUGCAUGUGCAAAACCCCCUCUAAACCUGGUGUUGUGUGGAAGAGAUAGAGCCUGGAAGACUGCAACAUCUAAUGCAAUUCUGGGGGCAAGAAAGCUUGGCCCAUCAGCUGACUCAUCAGAGUGUGUAAAAAAUGAGGCAGAGGUGUGUGGACGUCGGGUUUCUGUGGUGCAGCUGCCUGCUUUGUAUGGAAAACCUCAGGAGGCAGCAAAGACGGAAUCACUGAAGUGCAUCUCCUUCUGUGAUCCAGAGGGCGUCCAUGCCUUCAUCCUGGUCCUACCUUUAGGUGCCCCAAGUGAGGAAGACAAGAAAGAGUUAGAGACCCUCCGAAAAACUUUCAGCUUCAGGGUCUGUGAUUUCACCAUGAUUCUUUUUACCGUGGAGGCAAAUCAUGACUCUCUAGCAGUUGAGAGGUUUCUCCAGGAAAACAGAGACAUCCAACAGCUUCUUCAGAACUGUGGUGGUCAAUGUAUUGUCUACAACAUCAAUGACAAGGAGCAGGUCUCUAAGGUGUUACAUACUGUGGAAAAGAUGGGAGUUGUGGGAUGCAGAAGCUUCACAAAGGAUAUGUUUCCCAAGCAGCUUGCAAGACAUUCAACCAAUGUUGAAGAUUUUAAGAUGUCUCCCAGGGUGGCACCAAUUGGAGAGUCUUUCAGGAUGAUGACAAGGAGAGACUGUCUCAGGAUGGUGCUGGUUGGGAAGACUGGUUGUGGAAAGAGUGCAACUGGAAACACCAUUUUGGGCAAAGACUGCUUUAAUUCUAAAGCCAGUCAAAUGUCAGUGACCAAGAUUUGCCAGAAAAUAACAGGAGAGAUUGAUGGGAGGCCUGUUGCUGUGGUCGACACCCCUGGCUUGUUUGACACAACUCUGUCCAAUGAUGAAGUUCAGGAUGAGGUUAGGAAAUGCAUCAGACUGUUAGCUCCAGGACCUCAUGUUUUCUUACUGGUGCUGUCGAUCGGCCGCUUUACACAGGAAGAAAAAGAUACUGUGGAACUGAUCAAGGAGUUUUUUGGUAAGAAAUCAGAAGACUUCAUCAUUGUUCUAUUCACCAGAGGAGAUGAACUUCAAAAUCAAACAAUUGAGAGUUACAUAGAAGAGGACACUGGAAAGGCCUUAAAAAAACUGAUAACUGAAUGUGGAGGACGAUACCAUGUCUUCAACAACAACAAUCGGGAGAAUCGUUCUCAGGUCAGCCAGUUGCUGACCAAGGUUGAGUCAAUGGUAAGGGAGAAUGACGGUGGCUUCUACACCUCAGAUGUCUUCCAAGGAGCUGAGGCAGCCAUACAACAGGAAAUAGAAAAAAUCAUGAGGUCAAAGGAAGAAGAGAUACAGAGGAAACAGAGGGACCUUGAAAGAAAAUAUCAAGAAGCAAUUGCAGAUCUUAGAUCUAAACUGGAUCAAGAAAAAAUAGAGAAGGCCAAACUGGUAAAAGAAAAGAAGGAGCACAUAAAGAAUCAAGAAGAAGAGAAGAGAAGGAGAGAAAGAGAAAAGAGAGAAGAGGAGGAGAGGAACAAGAAGAGGGAGGAGGAAUAUCAACUACGCGAGUGGAAACGAGAACUUGAAACUCUGGAGGCAAAACUAGCGUAUGCAUCAGAAAAACAGGAAAUGGCUGGCAUGGUGUAUUUAAUACGAGACAGAGAUGACAUGAGACAAGGAAAAGAGGCUUGGGAGCAGGAGAGAUGGGAAUGGUGGGACGAACGCCGUCGAGAGGAACAAAGGAGACGAGAAGAGGAGCGAAUUGAAAAGCUCAGACAUGAAUUUGAGGACAUGGAAAUAUAUGAAAACGCAGACGACAUAAUAAGAAGAGAACAUGAGAGCAAGGAAAUUCAAGUAUUACAAGAACGCUACAAGAGGAGAAUGGAGGAAAUACGAAGGGAAACUGAAGAGGAGGCCAGGAAUCUUGCUGAAGAAUGCAAUGAAUUCAGACUGAGAUACGACAGUGAUGUUUCAGCUGAGAAGGAAAAGUACAGACGGGAAAUGGAGGAUCUGAAGAAGAGCCAUGAAAACAAAAUUGACGAUAUGAUAAAAUGCCUAAGCCAUAACAGAGCAUUCAAGAAAAACUUUGAUAAACUGAAGAAAAAGCAAGAACGAGAAAUGAAUGAUCUGAAAUACAAUCUUUCUUCCUACAACAAAGAGUAUCAGCAAAAAGAAAUCGAUGCGCUCGAGAAAGAACAUGAGGAGGAAAGAAAUGACUGGAUUCAGGCAUAUGUGAUUAAAGCCGUACAAGGCAAGGUCUGCAGCAUUUUGUGA